CUAGGUGACGGCGGGAGAAGGGUCGGCCGGGCCGGAUGAGCAAGUUGUCCGCCGCGGAGCAGCAGAGAUUUUUGCUGUGAGAUUUUUACCAGUUACAAUUCACCAUGGGGGAUAUUCUGGCUCACGAGUCUGAAUUACUCGGACUAGUGAAAGAGUAUUUAGAUUUUGCUGAAUUUGAGGACACCUUGAGAACAUUUUCAAAAGAGUGCAAAAUGAAAGGGAAACCAUUAUGUAACACAGCAGGUGGAUCUGUGAAGGACUCCAAAUCAUUGACAAUUCAGAAGGAUCUCUUGACUGCAUUUGACAACGGAGAGCAGAAGGUGUUCUUCGAUUUGUGGGAAGAGCACAUUCCCAGCUCCAUCCGAGAUGGCGACUCCCUUGCCCAGAAGUUGGAAUUCUACCUUCACAUCCAUUUUGCCAUCUAUCUUCUGAAACACUGUGUUGGGAGACUGGACAAGCAGGAGUUAGAUGAAAAGAUGUCUUAUUUCAAAACCUACCUGGAGACGAAAGGGGCAGCACUGAGCCAAACCACGGAGUUCCUUCCUUUCUAUGCCCUCCCUUUUGUGCCCAACCCUAUGGUCCACCCCUCAUUUAAAGAACUCUUCCAGGAUUCUUGGACUCCAGAGUUAAAGUUGAAGCUAGAAAAAUUUCUAGCUUUAAUUUUUAAAGCCAGUAACACACCAAAGCUUUUGACCAUCUAUAAGGAGAAUGGACAAAAUAACAAAGAAAUGUUGCAGCAGCUUCACCAGCAGCUGGUGGAGGCUGAGCGUCGGUCAAUGACAUACCUGAAGCGCUACAAUAAGAUCCAGGCAGACUACCACAACCUCAUCGGGGUCACAGCCGAGCUGGUGGAUUCUCUAGAGGCCACUGUCAGUGGCAAGAUGAUUACCCCCGAGUACCUGCAGAGUGUCUGUGUCCGCCUCUUCAGUAACCAGAUGAGGCAGAGCCUGGCGCACAGCAUGGACUUCACUAGGCCUGGAACGGCCUCAACCAUGUUACGAGCCUCCUUGGCACCUGGGAAGUUGAAGGAUGUUCCAUUACUGCCCUCCCUGGAUUAUGAGAAACUGAAGAAGGAUUUAAUUUGGGGGAGUGACCGCUUGAAAGCCUUCUUGUUGCAGGCUCUGCGCUGGCGCUUAACCACAUCCCAUCCUGGAGAGCAAAGAGAGACGGUUCUGCAAGCCUAUGUCAGCAAUGACCUCUUGGACUGUCACAGCCACAACCAGAGGAGUGUCCUACAGCUGCUGCACUCCAAGAGUGAUGCGGUUCGGCAGUACACGGCCAGGCUCAUCAACGCUUUGGCGUCCCUAGCUGAAGGUCGCCUCUACCUUGCCCAGAACACAAAGGUGCUGCGGAUGCUGGAAGGAAGGCUGAAGGAGGAGGACAAGGACGUCAUCACCCGGGAGAAUGUUCUCGGGGCCUUGCAGAAGUUCAGCCUCAGGCGCCCACUGCAGACUGCAAUGAUCCGAGAUGGCCUCAUCUUCUGGCUGAUCGAUAUUCUGAAGGACCCCGACUGCCUGUCCGACUACACGCUGGAGUACGCAGUGGCCUUGCUUAUGAACCUCUGCCUCCGCAGUGCAGGGAAGAACAUGUGUGCCAAGGUGGCAGGCCUCGUGCUGAAAGUCCUUUCGGAUCUUCUUGGCCAUGAAAACCAUGAGAUACAGCCAUAUGUGAAUGGAGCUCUGUACAGCAUCCUUUCCAUCCCAUCCAUCCGUGAGGAGGCCAAAGCAAUGGGAAUGGAAGACAUCCUGCGCUGCUUCAUCAAAGAAGGCAAUGCUGAAAUGAUCCGCCAGAUAGAAUUCAUCAUCAGGCAGCUUAAUUCCGAAGAGCUACUGGAUGGCGUUCUUGAAUCUGAUGAUGAUGAAGAUGAAGAUGAUGAAGAGGACCAUGACACCAUGGAAGCCGAUCUGGACAAAGACGAACUGAUCCAGCCCCAGCUGGGAGAACUGUCAGGCGAGAAGCUUCUGACAACGGAGUAUUUGGGAAUCAUGACCAACACGGGCAAGAUGCGGCAGAAGGGGCAAGCCAACGUGCAGUGGAGUGGGGACGAGCCCCUGUGCAGGCCUGUCACCCCAGGAGGCCACAGGACUGGGUGCCCAGUGCUGGGAGACCAUCUCAUUUCUUCUCAGAAUGCACAACAAGGCAGAAAUGGCCGCCUGCAGGCCAUGCCAGCCACUCACCUGUUCAUCUACAAAGAGAAGAAGCCUGGUGAGGCACAGUGUGGCACGUCCUCCUCAUCAGCCAUGGACGCCAAGCCAGGAUACUGGUCAUCAACAGGACACCAGGAAGAGCCUCGUCUAUCCCCCACAGCAACCCCCAGCUGGCCAAGGGACAUGACUCAGGACCCAGGCAGGGGAGAGACCACCAGGGAAUUUACCUCAACCUUCAACUGCAAGCUGUGGGCUCCCUGCACCCCAGAGACCUUGGAGCUGAAACCACCCAAGGCAAAGGCGUCCGCUCUGGCCCCUCAGUUCUCUUUGUGUGGCCCACAGCAAGCCAACCGCCCUGGCUCCACAAGGAGCCUGCAGAGAAGUGAAGAUGGCUUCUUUCCCUGGGUGUCACCAUCACGUUGCCUAAGGACCAGCCAGCAGCUGCAGGUGACAGAUAUGAAGAGACACUUGUCUACAAGACACUGGGCACUGGGGAGCUGAGGAAGGCUGGUGCUCCAGGCCACUGAGGAGCGAGACCAAUGAAGCCCCGCCAUCCAGGCACUGUCUCCUCUGGACAGAGUCACAUGAGGAGGACUGGGAGAGCCUGCUAUUGCCCUCCUGGGGAGGGGAAAUUCCCUGGUCACCUUUCACCCCCAGAGGAGGAGACGGGUGGCCUUUGCCCUCAAGAGACCUUCUGUUCCAGGAAGAGCUAGCUCCAGAUUUGGCAUCCCCGGCCCUCACAAGGACUUUUCUGGGCAGAUAGUGGAAUGCCAGGCCAAUGAGCUGCCUCUUCCUAGAUUUCUGAGCAGGGCUGCCUCGUGGAAGCUGGCUUUCCUCACUUAGACCAACUGCAAGGACGCAGGGAGGGAGGAUAAGGGACCCUCAUCUCAAGCCAUGAUCAACAGUACUACUUUUCUCCUCUUUGAAACUCUGAUAAAGAAUAUGGGGGGAGCAGCCUGUGCUUCUGCACACAUUUUGUUUGUUUAUUUGUUUGUUUGGUGGUCCUAGGGUUUGAACUCAGGGCCUCACGCUUGCCAGGCCUGCACUCUACCUCUUGAGCUGCUCCACCAGCCCUGUUUUGUGUUGUUUUUCGGGAUAGGGUCUCACCAACUUCUUGCCUGAGCUAGCUUUGAAACUUGCUCUUCCUGAUCUCUGCCUCCUGAGUAGCUAGGAUUACAGGCGUGAGCCACCAGCACCCAACUUGUACAUGGUUUUAAAGGCUUUAAAAAGGUGACCAGUUUUAGCCAGGCAUGGGUGGCACAUGCCUCCAAUCCCAGCACCCAGAAGGCUGAGGCAAAAGAAUUGAGAGUUUGAGAUCAGCCUGGGCUUCAUAGCA